UGGCGGUGGUGUGACAUCUUGUGUGCGGAGCAGCGUAAUGAACGCCAGCGAACAAGACGGCGAUGGAAGCAGCCAGCGAAGAAGUGGAAGACGCGGAAGCGCCUGUCGAUGGCGUCGCCGGAGAAGUAAACAUGGAUAAAAAGAAAAAGCCCUUCGAUGUCACCGCUUCCUCCCUGGUGGACCUUAAGGCGGAACUGUACAGGAAGCAGGAGCAAUUCAAACAGGAAAGACUUGGCCAAGAAAAUGCUGGGACCGGUUUCAAAUCAACGGUCAGAGUCAAGAAACCAAACAUAUGGAGCAAACACAACGUGGGAGUGUCCGGACGGGCUGAGAAAGACGUGGAGCAGCUGACUGAGGAGAGGAAGAGCCUGGACGAUGCCAAGCGCAGGCUGGAGGAAAAGGCGAAACUCUAUGAGCAAAUGACAAAAGGAGAUUUUCCUGAUGAAGAGACAGAGGGGCUGUAUCUAGUGGAUUUCACCCAGAAGAUCAUCAACAAAAAGAGAGAAUUGUUUGAGCAGAGGGAGGAAGGAGAGGAUGAGGAAAGGAACAGCUCUUCCCCAAUCCCAAACUCUCAGAAUCCAGAUGAAGAAUGGGUGGAUUAUGUGGAUGCUUUGGGAAGGUCCCGAAGAUGCAUGAAGAGAGACCUGCCAGAAUUUAAGAAAAUGGACCAAGAUUUUCAGAAUAAAAGAAAUGCCUCAGCUGAAAAGACCCUCCUGUCAGAGGACAUGCGUCGAGAGUUGCAGAGACAGGAGUGGGAGGAAGAGGAAGCCAUGAAGAGGCCUGUCGGACCGAUCCACUAUGAGGACAUCAGGGAGCAAGAGGCCCGGGAGCUUGGUGUGGGUUACUUUGCCUUCUCUCAGGAACAGGAUCAGCGUAACAAACAGAGAGAAACGCUGGACAUGCUCAGAGACCAGACCACAGAGCAACGUAGUAAGAGGGAACUGCUCAAGGAGAAGAGGAAGGCCCUUCUGCAGGCCCGUUUGGCCAAGGUUAGGCAAAGAAAGAAGAAGACUAAGUUGGAUGGCACGGAGGAAGACCAGAAAGAGGAGGAUAUUGAAGAUGAGGGUGAGGAGGAUCCGACUGGGCCAUCACCCCAACCAGAGAAGAACCCAGAGGUCAGUACACUGAAGAAGGUGGAGGUGGAAAUCCAGGAGAGGAAGGACUCUAAGCCUGGAGUUCCUCAUGUCAGAGAAUGGGAUCGGGGCAAAGAAUUCUUGCUGGGUGAGUGGACAAGUCGGCGUCGAAAUGAGCGAGAUUCAGAAUUUGCCCCCCCGCCUUUGUACUUCACUGAGGACAGAAGGCCCAGGCUCGGAAAGGCUGUUGGUCAAGAGGAGAACAAAACCAAAAUGUCAUUUAAGUGGUCAAAUAGCUCAGGAAGAGGGUCUGAGAGUAAGACCAGUGCCCAAAUCUGCUCUCAGUCUAGAAGUGCUCCUGUACCCAGUCAGCAGCAAGAAACCCCUCCAGCUCCUGCGUGGACCCAACCUACAUCCCAGUCUGUCUCAUCCGAUUCGGCUCCUGGGUCUGACCACCAACCUCAGUGUCCCUCAUCAUCGGCAUACGCCCAGAUUACUCCUCCUUAUCACCCCCAAUUCCCCCCGCCUCCACUCUAUCCUCAGUUUCCUCCUCCACAGUAUACCGGUCCACCUCAACCCCCUCCCCAGUUUCCUGCUCAGUACUCCAAUGCAUAUACCCCCCACUACCCCCCCCACUAUCCUCCACCUCAGCUGCAGAGCCAGCCCCCGCCUCUGAAUCCCCCCCAACCGGGGGACCAGGACCCGGCCCAGACCCAGUACCCCCAGCAGAGCUCAUCUCAGAGUCUUGAUGAGAUGUUGUCUUUCUAUAAAAACUCCACUUGAACUUCAUUGUAUCUCAUGCUCUAUUCAAAUAGACCUAAAUAAACAUUCUGCUGUGUAUUUCAGACACAUUAAACAUUAGAAAU